GGGCGACACCACUACGCCGCUGCUCUUAUCAGCGAGUCGCGGCGCCAAACUGGAAGUGGGUGACGUAACACGCUGGCCAACACUGCCUAUGCUGCGCUGAAAGCGCAGCCUCACACAGAAAUGGGCCGCCCGCGCGAGUCGGGGGAAGGAAAGCUGUCGAGCCGAGUGUCGACGAUGAAAGCCGAGCGUUCCCGAUACGCCUCCACCGUCCGGGAAGCAGCAUGGCACCAAGCACUGAAGCCCUAGUGCCAGCCUCGUAGCGACCCUAAAGACGCAGUACCGGGGGAGGUGGUACUUAUAUUCGUAAAGACGGAACUCCACGGAACCAAAACCGCGCACUUUUCGCUUUACCGUGGUUUAAAACAUGGAAGAGGUGGAGCUACCUGCGACACGAGAGUCACACUCUUAAUCAAGACGCUUCUUUAUUUGAUAAUUGAGGAGAGGGUGGCAGGACCGCAGAGGUUUAUAUUUUUAAUAUCUAUUAUAUGUUCUUUUAAUAAUGGAAGAAAGGACCCUAUGACGUUGAGACACUGAACUUCAAGGGACGAGCAGGAAGAUAUGGAUUCAAGCUCAGUAUUAAGUGCCAUGGAUCCUUCCAUCACACUAUGGCAAUUUCUGCUUCAUCUCCUGGAAGACCAAAACCAUAAACAUCUAAUAUGUUGGACUUCGUCAGAUGGAGAGUUUAAGUUGCUAGAAGCUGAAGAAGUAGCAAGACUUUGGGGUCUAAGAAAGAAUAAGACAAACAUGAACUAUGACAAACUGAGCCGAGCAUUGCGUUACUAUUAUGACAAGAACAUCAUCAAAAAAGUGAGUGGCCAAAAAUUUGUCUACAAGUUUGUGACUUAUCCUGAGCCUGUUGCCAUGGAAAGCUUGAAAGAGGAAGCUAAGCGGCGGGAGAAUUUGGUGGAUGUAUUGAACUUACCAAAGGGACUUGGUGAUGGAAACUCUGCAGUGUCCAAGAGCUUGCAACAGCAGCGCAGUGGAGGAGGAGGAUCCUCUGCUGCCAUUGGGUCCACAACUAAGAACAGCCGCAAUGACUAUAUGAGGUCUGGUCUUUACUCCACCUUCACCAUUCAGUCUCUGCAGACUCCAAGCAAGCCAGCAAGAGCCAUAAAAACUGAACCAGUUCAGCCAAUUGAACAAUCCCCCCUGCAACCUAUCAAGGCUUCUGUUGUGGAUGCACCAGUCCCAGAGGUUCGGAUUCAGUCUGCAGAUGUCUCAAGUUGCCUGGAUAACCGAAUAUUAGAUGAAACUGUGACUCUGCAAGUGAUCAUGGCUCAUCCAUCACCUUCAACUUCACCUGUACAUAGUCCACAGCUCAUGCAGGCUGAAAGCAAAACGGAAAAAGGCAUUGAUGAUCCUCCCCAGAUGUACAUGACAGGUGUUUCUGAUCCAAAAAUUAAGAUUGGUGGAGAUAACCCUAAAGAUCAGGCUCUGGGUCAUCAGGUCAUAGUGGUCAUUGAGCCAUCCCCUUCUGUUGCUAGAGAAAAUAACCUGCCAUUGGAGGAAGACAUCCUAAAGAUAGUAGCUUUGGAGGAGGCCAAUGUAGAGGUACCCGCAAAUCCUGGGGCAGAGGAUAUAGGACUCCCCAGUCCUUCAGUGGAGGGAACUUUGCCAAGUUUAGAAGUUGGAUCUUCAGAGGGCUGUAAAGAUCCACCAGAAAGUGCCAUCAUAUCUGUGCCUGCCAGCAACUCAAAUGCUGAAGUUCAGCCACCCAAAGCCAAGAAACCCAAAGGUUUGGAGCUGCCAUCUUCGCCCACACUGUUGCCAUGUGGUGCAUCUCUAGACAAGGCCAAUACUUCUACCAGCAGCUUACUAACUUUAAGCAGCAAUACAACCUCACUAACACCGAACAUCCUUACCACGCAUGCACUGACACCUGUGUUAUUGACACCCAGUCCUCUUCCACCAACAAUUCACUUCUGGAGCACUUUGAGCCCUAUUGCCCCACGCAGCCCUGCAAAACUUUCAUUUCAGUUUCCAUCUAAUGGAAGUAACCAGAUUCACGUUCCUGCCUUAAGCAUGGAUGGACUUUCCACUCCUGUGGUUCUGUCCCCUGGUCCCCAGAAGCCCUGAUCAUUUAAAUUACCUGCAGAGUUAAGCAUCUGGACUUGCAGAAUCCUGCCCUAGAGCUGAGUACCUGUCUCUGACAUCCAAAGAUUGCAUAGGAUGUAACAAGAGAACGAAGAUUCACGCAACACCUGUUGCAAAGGCAUGGGUUUAAUGUGUUCAUGUCAUACUAUCCUGCACCAAGAGAAUUAAGUUAGCAGAGGAUUUCUUAUGAGGUAGAAGUGUGCUGCUAAUCAACUAGCAGAAGAAAUGAUUUCCUGGGAGUCUGAAGGUAUCCUCCAUUUUAGAAGAAUGGAAUUACUUUUCUUUUUUGCUUUAGAAGAAGAAUAAUAUUUUGCCUGGUCAUUAAGACUUUCAGACCACUGUUUUCUAGAUUUACUGUAUACUUUGGAUGAUGUGGUCUUAAUUGUUAAUUUUAUGAGAAGCAGUACACAGGCUUUGAUUGGAGAACCAGAAAAAAUGUAGGUUUAAUUUUUAAUCUUAACCAGUUUACAAGUCACUUUUUGAAAUUCAAAUUUUUCUGAUUUUCUUUUAUUCUGAAGAAAAGAUGCACUUGGAAAGACAUUUAAUUGCAAAACAAGUGCAAGUUUGAAGGGUCAGGGAUAUAAGCAUUUUAAUUGAGUAAUCUGAGAUCUGAAGUGCUCAGUUUUACAUAUUCUUUUUGAAGUUUAAAGACAAAAUGAGAAACACACAUUUGCAGAAAGCAUCACCAGUACUUAAGUGAAAAAUUGUCAAGAUAAACUUUUUAGGGUACUGUUGAGCUGAGAGCAAGUUUUUCUUGUUUUUGGACAUAUGAGUACAAAACCUGACUUUAAUAGAUGUCAUUGCUUUUUAUUUUUAUGGUGUGGGUUUUACUUGGGAAAAGAAGUAUGUUUGUAUUUUCCAUAGACUGUUCUUUAAGUUGUGACUGCUACAAAUCUCAGAGGAUUGAAAACUACCACAAAUGUGGAGGUUGGUGGUGUUUUGGGAACAGGGCAAAAUUAAAAGUGAUGUGCAUUUUCACAUCCAUUUGUAUACAUUUUGACCAAAGCGAACUUCUUUGAUGAAAAUUCAAUAGCAUUUAUUUUUGAGAAUUGUUCAUUUUACUUCAAUUAAGCAUUUACAAAGGGCUACUUUAUAAACUUGAGUACGUGGAAGUGCUCUGAUGUUUUUGUCGCACUACUUAUCGCAUUUACUGUACAAUGUUUAAACCUGUACUUUUGAAAGGUUUUUGUGCGUUUUGUGUGCAAAACUUGUUCAGGUGUUUACAAUUUCAUAGUGGUGGGAACAAAAUAUAUUUGAUCCUGAUGUAUCAGCUUUUAUUAGCUUUUCAAAUAAGUUACGCUUGAAUUUGAGAAACAAAUCCAAGCAAAAUGGGCACAGUUUUACA